UCCCUCAUUGACCCCUUGCAGAAAGGCUGGGUCCCAGCAGCACAAAGCAGGACACUCUCCUAUUGUUCUGGGAAGCGAGAGACAAGCGCAGACACACUCUCUAACACUCCCACACACCCAGCGCUAACACUCACUGGCUCACUCACUGGCACACUCACUGGCACCCCCCAAACACACUCACAAGCACCCAGGAAAGCCACCUCUGCAGCCAGGGGAUGUCGGGAAAGCGGAUGAUAUCUUCGGUGCAAAUCACUCUGGUGCCCCCAUGGAGACCGGAAAGUUCACAAAGAAAGGAUCCCCCCACCCAGCAUGAGACCCCCAGACUGGCUGCCCAGUUGCCCCACACUCCAGCCCCUGACACAGAGGAACUGCCCUGGAGGGACAACAAACAAGGUCUGAAUGGAGUUUCUCCAGAGGUUCCGAUUUUUCCAUGUUCCUUCCUGGAUGACAUUCCCAUUGAGGAGGACUGCCUCAGCCCAGAUCUUCAGCCACCCCCGCCACCACCUCCAGUCUUUUUUAAGAACCCAAGAAACCCCCACCCGGAUCUUCCUCCUCCUUCAAUCAGUGACUUGCUGAGUCUAGAACUGCAGAAACUGGAACUGGCCCACCCCGCUGCACACAAGAAAUCCAGUUCUGUGCCGUCAGCGCAGCCCCCCAUCCCACAGAACAACACGCCGGUGCCCACCGACCCACACAGGAGAGACACUGUGGCCCCUGACAAACAGAACCUAAAUGGGUUCCCUGCAAAGCAAGAGGCUGGAAGCACCCAGACAUCCCAUCAUGCACCUCUGACAAACGAUAUCUGCGCCUUCUGCCACAAAGCAAUUCCCUCCAGCAGUGCCGUCAUUGAAGCAAUGAAGAAACAAUAUCACGCCAACUGCUUCACCUGCAGAAAGUGCUCCCGCCUGCUGGCCGGACAACUGUACUACCAGACGGACGGACAACCCCUCUGUGAGCAUUGCUACAAGGAAACAUUAGACAAAUGUGCCAAGUGUCAGCUACUAAUCAAACAGCAUAUAGUUCGUGCCAUGGGGAAUGGGUAUCACCCAGAAUGCUUCACCUGUGUGGUGUGUCAGAGAAGAAUCGCUGAUGAGAGUUUUGCUGUGGAUGAAUUCAAUGACGUGUACUGUGCGGAGGAUUAUUACAGGAAAUUUGCCCCAAUCUGCAGCGCCUGCAACGACCCCAUCAUCCCAAAAGACGGGAAUGACUCCUAUAAAAUCGAGUGCCUUGGUCACAACUACCAUGAGAACUGUUACCGCUGUGAGAGAUGUGACAUUUCCCUGUCCCUGGAGCCGACAGAGACUGGAUGUUUCCCACUAAAAGGCAGUUUGCUGUGCAAGUCCUGUCACUUAUCCUGGAAGGAGGAGCUUUCUUAAAGGAGCUGCCAUGUGAUGCACAUACCGGCCACAGUGCAGGGGGGACUAUUUUUGCUGAAUCUUUGCUCUUUUGCACAUGAGCGACAGUCACAACAUGGCACUCGUUGUGUUGGCUGGAAAAUGAACUGUGGGGCUUUUCCCUCCACCCACGAAAGCCAAAACCACAUGACAGAAUGGGAAACAGAGACAAGUGCAAAUCAGAAUUCCCAUGAUGCUCAGUGUCUGUAGCCACAGGCUGAUGUGAUUCUUUGAGAAAUCCAUUUCUCUAAAAGAGCAAACAGAUUUUUUUAUAUUUAAUUUUGAAAUCUGACAUGGGGCUAGACAUAUUGUCAGUUUCCCAGCUGCCCCCAGUCAUGUGACUUGUGCUCUGAUAAACUUCAAUCACUCUUUACUGCUGU